UAACGAAACUCCCGCACCGCGACGAAUGCUUUUUAAUGUCACUUAGUGUUGUUUUCUUGUUGUCUUUUUCUGUGCGACCCUUCAGGAAAAACAGCGUCUGCCUCCGCCCCCGAAAAACAGUGCGGCAGGUCAAAGCUCUACCACGACAAACCAUGGGCUCUAGAUUGGGCAGGUGACCUUCAUAUGACGGGUUGCGGAGCCGUUGUCUUUUUGAGCGAUGACAAUGGCCUGAGUUGGUACUGCUGCGGAGGGGUGGAGAAAUCGGAAGCGGGGAGGUUUACCUACGACGGCAGGAAGUUCAAGACCUUCUUCCUUACGUCUGUCUAUGACAGUGAGGGGAAAAACUGGGUCAAGGAAGAUAAGAAGGUGUCUCUUGACCAUCGGCUCUUCCAAGGAUACAGGGUCAAGGCUUUGUCGAUGAAAGCGUUUGACGUGCAUGGGAACGGAACGGAGUUCCAAAUGCUGGAUCCGGAAAAGUUUCUUUCCAAAACCAAUGGCUACCGGGUGACUGGUUCCCUGCCUGUCGUCGACAGCGCUUUCAUGCUCAGCAGACCUUUGGUCCAAUUCAACAGCCCGGCGGACCAACUCGCAGCUUUCGUUAUGCGAUACAGGGAAGAGUUCGCGAGGCUGCCUGCUGCCCAGCAAGUUGACCGUGUUUUCGUGCCGAUUGACGCCCCGUCUUUGUCGGCUGCGGGGCCCAAACGGCGCCAAGAUCAACCGGCCAGAGCGGGUGGAAAGAGGAAGCAAUUGUCGACUGCCCCGCUUUCGUCGGCUGCGGUUGUCCAGGCUCUGCCUGCUCCGGUUCCGCCCUCGGAUCGGCAAGGUCGCGAUGCGGCCGAGCAGUCCAGCGAGGCCACAGACUACGACGACGGAGCUGUGCGCUAUCGGGCUGGUCCCCAGCAUCGUUCACGGGGAGGUGCAGGUGCCUUCGAUGGCGAGGAAUGCGAGGGCCAAGAUGGGGAGGGCGUUGGUUGGGAUGGGGAGGGCGGUGGUGAGGAGGGGGAGGGCGGUGGUGAGGAGGAGGAGGGCGGUGGUGAGGCGGACGACGGUAAUGAAGGAGAUGCUGAAGGUGAGGACGAUGGCAUGGACGAGGAGAGAGACGAUGUUGGUGAGGAAAUCAAAGACAAUCGCUCCUCCCAAUUUCACCCUGGCCACCACAACGAAUCGCAGGGGCGCCGUGAGGACGACGCCUGCCGCGUCGGUGACGCGGUCGAUGCUGGUGGCCAGCCUGCAGCCUCCCGCGGAAUGUCGCAGUCCUAUGACCGGACGAAGGAUGGGAGAGACGAACCUGGCUCACGGGGAAAGCGAAAGAGGGGAGAGGUGUCGACCUCUCCUGCGAGUCGAACAAAACAGGCGCGGGCCGGCGCGGUCAAUGAAGCUCGCGGAGCGUUGACGGCAUCACAGGAAGCGCGGGCUCCUCGGAACAGUGGUGGGGGGGGGCGAAGUGGCAUCCGCGGGGGCGGUCGCGGCGGCGGUAGGAAAGGCUCGCAGAGGUCCAGGGCACCUGAGCUGCGGGACUCGGGGGAUGAGGGCGAGGGGGUGGGGCCUCGCAUGCCCGAAGACAUUGAAGAGCUGGUUCAGCACGCCGCGCUUGGCUUCGCCAGGCAAGACGUCCAAGUUGUUAACGUCGACGUUAAUAGGAUCAAACCCAUUCCCCGUUGGAAGAUCCUAUUUAACCACCGUUCGUUGUCUGAGAACAUUAUGAGAGGYAUCGAGAGUGCAAUAGAAAGUUCCAUCAAUGCUGACCCGGGGGUGUGGGAUAGACCUGAGCUCGUUCUUGCGCCGGUUGACCCCAACGUCAUCGUCGGGGGGCAGGGAAGGCGAAUCACGCCGGACGAGUUCUUCCAAAGAGAUUCUGCAGAGUUCGACUGGUACGCUGUCUGCGGUCAGCAUACUGCCGAGGCCAUGAAACGGUUGGUUGGAAAGGAUUCCCCCGCCGUCAAAGUCUACGGCCUCCGCACGUACUCUAAAGUGCGAGUCGUUUUUUUCGAUGAUGACCACACACGCAGGUACUUCAAUGUCUCCCUCUUCGACAACACACGGGAGAAUCGCGCCAUGAUGUUAUACUUCCAGGAUGCUGUGCAUGAUACGUGGCAAUGGUGGAUCGACAACAACAGGAUCGAGGCACUAAAAGCUAAGGCGUGCGACAAGGCGUUCGUGAAACAGACACUCGACAACGAAUACAGCAAGGAUUGGAGUAACAAACUUCGGGGGUACCUGAAUCUCGCCACAUCCACCCGCAUGGUUUGGCCGCUGGUGGAGAAGUUCUUUGCGAUGUUCGAGGAGGGUAAGCUGCCAAUCGGCGACGGCAAGAUCCCACUUGAGAUGCCGGGGAGGAUGGAGGGGCGCCUGCCCGGCCCGUACACUGACGAGAACAAGGGACAACGGACUUUGUACCACUGCAUAUAUGCGAGAGAUGGUCCCAAGGGCUCCACCGUGUCCUGGAAGGAUUUGUGUCCUACGUACUUCAAAAACUUCGGGGACAUGACAUGCCGCGAGAGAGAAGUCGCGCUAAGCCUGCUCAUGUCGGGGAAAGUGGUGGCAACAAAAGUGAGAGUCACGCCUCCGAGGGUGAACACAGAGUGCCUCCUCGACAUUAUGCGCAAGGAGAGAUACAUGGUCCGCAUGUUCAACUACGUCGUGUCUCGCGCCGAGGGAAGGGCAGGGGACGAAUGGAACGACGACUUCUUCAUGUCGUACAAGGACCUGGAAGAGAGGUAUGCUUCAAACGGGUUAUGCGCAGAUAAAUGGGAGAAGCAACGGGAGAAGCUGCAUAGCAACUUAGUGAAGACGAUCCCUCGGCGACUUGGAGGAGUGGAGGAGGCGAGGCAAGGUGAGGGCUUGGGGCCUACAGAAGUGUUGUACAAGGAGGCUCCGUUUCACUUCAAGGUGUUUAUAUACACCACGAUCGAUAAACUCGAUAUGCUUCGAGCGGAGGUGAAACGGAUUGCCUCCAGUGCACGCCAUCUUGUGUGGGACAAACUCAGCAGGGCCGCCAUCGUGGACAUCUCGGACGCGAAUUUCAGCAGUGCAUGGACCUCGCAGGACUUUGAUGCACUGUACGCAAUGAUGGCGAAGUGUUGUGGUCCAAAUUGGGUCCUCCUCUUCUUUGCACCGCAGAAUGUGCAAAGCGAUGUCUUGCGUCAAUUGUACCGUUGGGAGGACAUCGAGCUCAUCCCCGGGUCAUGGAAACGCAUGGACAGGCCGCCGAGCGACUUCACAAGGUACGACAACAUCGCUAUGAGCAGUCGGGACCUGAUGGCAAUCGUGUUGCACGCUGAAGGAGGAGAUCUGAAAAAAGUAACUGUCGCACCCCGACUUCACAACAAUCUCACCGAAGUACAUGUUGUGGAGGAAAAGUUCGGGAAAGUGUCUCGGAAAACACAGUGGCGUCGAGGGCGACGAAAGUGCCGCAUAGUCAAUUUGGGAGGAUGUGUACCACAAGUUGGGACCGAAAGACUGAAGGUGUGGGAAUACUUGUUCCGCGAUGCGCCGGAUGGACGCCUUGAUGGGGGAUACAUAUAUAGGAAAGCCAAGGUGACCGAGGCCCUCAAACAUUAUUACGGUGCUCUAACUGGUGCCUUCGAGACAUUCGUUGCUCGAUGCGAGAUCUUGAGGUUUGAUCUUCACAAAGAUAAACUUACGUUUAAGGACUAUGCAGACCUCGCUAAAUCGGGUGAAGGCUUUAACCCCGUUGACAGCGAGGAAGACUCGUCGGACUCCGACCUCGAGAUCGAAAAGGACACCAAUGCAACCGAGUGGUGUGGGAAGUCCGCUGCCAUGGAGCACAGCGUCAAGGGAUAUGGACCGGGUCAAUCAGAGGGAUGCUCGAACCUGCCACCCGCGAACAGUGUGGCCUCGGGUGUGGACCGGGUUGUAUGUACGCCCGUGGAAGACGACGAAGACGAUGACCUUGAUAUUCGUGCUCAGCCAACGAAGCUGGCGCCAGGCGAUCCGAUUCCUCCCAGAUUUUGUGCGGAUGCAAACAAUGUGUAUUUCUUGGAUGACAAAUACACCUGCACUAGUGAGGACAAGUGGGGCCAUGAUAUCAUUUGGCAUGACGGCAUUUUCGAGCCAUGUAUCCAAGGCGGGGAGUGGAAAAUGGUGGUGAAGUAUGUUGAGCGCGCCGCCGCGCUCAAGAGCAUGGACGUGGACUCCCGAGAAGAUGCCGCCCCUGUGCCCGAGGCGGCCACAGGGAACACGAUGGGUGAACAAAGGGAAGAUGGCGGGAAGACGUUCGGCGUGAAGCCUCCGUUGCCAGAGGCAGGGAACACGCCCGCAGGCAAAAACACCAUCGGAGCCAUCUCUGUCGCAACGGGGGAUACAUCACAAGGUGAAAAAGUGUCACUCGACAAGCCGGCGGAUGCGGGCGCCACAUACGGGAGUCUCCUCGCGACAGGUGAGGCGCUGGCAGACAUAUCGGAGAUGGUGUCAGAGUCCACUGCUGGGAUGGGCAUCACGGGGAUGUCAAUGCAUCCGCCCACAUGCACUUGUAAAGGUGACGCACACUGUACAACAACACCACAGGGAGGGGUCACAGGGCAUGACGGGAAUGGGGGAAAUGCAGGGGGGUCUCCACGUUCUCGCAAUAUUGAGGACAUGACGACGGACGAUGAGGAUGGGGUAGAAGGCGGAAAGGGCGUGAGCGAUCCCACGCAUGCAGAAAAUGAGGGGUGAGACAGGGAAUGAACUUGACGGGAAUCC